GCACAGAGCCAUUCUCAGCGAAGAAGUACGAUGACCUGAAACGAAGCAUCAGCAUUCGUGUUGUGGGCUGAGGUGACGGCCAGAGUUACUUGCGAAAACAGUAGUAAUUAAGGCGUAAUCAUUGGAACUGUUCGAUCGAGAGUUACUUUCAGUUUUCUCUCGAAAUUAGGCCUUGCAGCUACCCCUUCUUGGUGUAAACGGCUCUUGGUUUGUUCAUCAGCUGAUCGCGGCGAGAUGAACGGAAUGAAGACAGCCGUGAACCCUGCUAAGGGCGAUCGAAGCUUGACUGAAAACCCACAAAUUUUAAUCAUCGGGGCUGGUAUCGCUGGUAUUUCGUGUGGGGAAUACCUUACACGAAAUGGUCUUACGAAUUUUAAAAUUCUGGAAGCCACAGACCGCACGGGUGGUCGAAUAUGGAGCGUGGAGCUGGAUAAUGAAGGUGGGAAGGCAGAGAUGGGUGCCAACUGGAUCCAUGGUAUCGAGAGAAACCCCAUUUAUAAGAUUGCCGAUCAGAAUCACUUACUGCAGCUGAGGAAUGCAGAUAAAAGUUUGCGACACAAGGAUGUUUUCAUCACAGAGGAUGGAGAGAUGAUCAACGACAAAGUCGUCAAGGAAGUGGACUGGGUAUACGGCAUGACCAUCCAGGAAUGUGAGGAGUUCUACCAGAUGGGCAUGCCCACUCCUGGCGAGAACGACAGUGUGGGGGAGUACCUGAGACAGUGUAUAGAUGAGCAGCUGGAGAAGUACUCCAAUGACCAGAGACGCAUCCGAGAGCUGAUUGUCAAUCAGAGGAUUUCUCUAGAGUGUUGCGUGUCCGGCUGCAAUAGCCUCAACGACCUGUCGCUCAGCGAAUACGGCAGCUACGAGGAACUACCAGGCAUCCACUACACCAUUCCACCCGGCUUUGAAAGUGUCCUGGAAGUGCUGAAGAAAAAUAUACCUCAGGAAAACAUGGUCCUUAACACUCCUGUCAAAUGUAUCAACUGGAACCAGAACAACAGCACAAACAAUAACGAAUACGGUGUGUGUGUUGAGUUGGAAAACGGAGAAAAAAUGUAUGCAAAUCAUGUUGUGGUGACAGUCUCCGUGGGCGUGCUCAAAGCCAAUGCUGCGCAUUUUUUUAAUCCCCAGUUGCCCAUAGAAAAACUCCGCGCCAUUGACCAUAUAGGUUUUGGGGUGGUAAACAAAGUGAUGUUGGAAUUUGAUGAACAAAUUGUGGACCCAGAUGUCUUUCGUAUUGAGCUUUUGUGGGACAAAACCCCAGAUGAUGAUAGUGACCUAGCGUCUUCAUGGUUUAAGAAAAUUUAUUCUUUUGAAGUGGACCAUGAACAUGUUCUCAUAGGGCCCGUUGCUGUAGUUGGUUGGUUGUCAGGCAGAGAAGCAAUGUAUAUAGAGUCUCUAACAGAAGAGCAGAUUGGGAAUGACUGUGUGGCAGUACUGAAGAAGUUCCUGAAAAAAGACAUUCCAAAACCUAAGCGAGUUAUCAGAACCACCUGGGGCAGUAACCAGUACACGCGAGGGGCAUACAGCUAUGUGGCAGUAGGGGGCACAGCCCAGGAAAUGGAGACUUUAGGGGAGCCUCUCAUUGCAGACAAUGGCAAGGCCCAGGUAUUAUUCGCUGGGGAGGCCACUCACAAGAGCUUCUACUCCACUACCCAUGGUGCACUACUGACUGGACAGAGAGAAGCACAGCGCAUUAUUGACAUCUAUUCAGAGGCUGCACCCAUUUCAUCAUGAUGACCACCCCCCCCC